CGUAUUUGGUGACUAGGGCGAACGGUCCGUGUAAAGCCCAGUCCGUCUCCGUCCCAGUCUAGGCCCAUCCAUUAGUGAUCAAUUUGUUCUAAAAACAGUAAUUGCUUUCUUUUAAUAAUCUCAAAAUGAAUUAACCGUAUUCAUCCCCACCUUUAAGCUUCCCAAUGGCGGAACCCUAAGCUAAUUCCACGCCUCCCACCUCGCCCAGCGCGCAUGGACCAGCCGGCGUCGGACGCCGGCGCCUGCCUCGAGGUCCGCCUCUUCUACGUGCGCCUAUCGCCCCGCAGCUCCGGAGCUGCCGCCCCGCCACGGCUCUCGCUGGCCAUCCACCACGCCGGGACCGAGGCCUCCCCCUCCUCGCUCCCUCUCCGCCUCGACCGCUGCGACCCAGUCUCUGGCGAGGCCACCUACGUCUCUACCGCGGCCGCGCGCCUCCCCCCGCCCGACGCCUCCUUCGAGGUUGCAGACCACCGCGACGCCGCCCUCCUCCGAGGCACCCUUCGAAGGUGCCCUGACGCCAAGGCCGAUUCCCCUGUCUGGGCGAUCGACUGCGUCCCCGCCGAUGCAGCGGCGGCCUCAGCCUCGGCCUUUGAGGUCUAUGUUGCCGGGUACUGCGCAGGUGAGCCCGCCGUUCUUACGCGAGCCCUGCGGCUGGCCACCCCGGAAGAGGCUGCUGGCGGAUUGGUUCGCCGGCGAUCAGCACCUUUGGCGGCUAUGUGUGAUGAAGACGAGAGUGACAUGAACAUGGGAACCAGGGCAUACCCUGAAGGAUGGUACUCUGAUGACGACGACGGGCAACUCACAUGGUUCAACGCUGGUGUUAGGGUUGGCGUCGGGAUUGGGCUGGGAGUCUGUGUUGGAGUUGGUAUAGGCGUUGGGCUCCUCAUGAGCUCCUACCAAGCAACGGCCAGGAACCUGAAGAGGCGGUUCUUCUGACACUGUCGCUACAAAGGGCUCGGACGGCCAGUAAGUAGAGAUGGCCCAUCCGAUGAUGUUCCGCGCUGAACCAACCGCCGUAUGUAUAGUUGGUGGAUUUGUUGUUCGUUGCAUUGUUGCUGGUCGUCUGGAGUUUUUGACUUGUGUAGCUCUCAUAUCUGUGUAUGUAAUCUGUGAAGGUGUCCCUGAACUUGUGGAAGUGGCAAAAAUGGACUUGGCAUGGAGCAGACGCACUGUGGCCUUAUUUUGUAAGCUUCAGAAUUGUGCUACAAGUCAAUAAUGUGUAUACAAGUGCGACAGCCUUUCGCUAUGAGCGAAUGUUGUCGGAUGUAUGUUUCGUCA